AUUCAAGUGGGGUCCCUGUUUGCAUAACAACAUGCCAUCUACUCUCUCUCGGCAAGAGAUUCUUUAAGAAUAGUUAUUUCAGGAUAUUUACCCUGCACUAAAUCAAAAACAAAAAAACAUAUCUAAUACCUUUCUCUCGACCUUACGUUUUGACCACACCGACGUAGUGGUUCCAUCUACCCAUCAUAUUUAUGGGCGCAUAUUUGAGCUCAUGCUGUGAUUGUCCUUGACUUGGACUCGCCCAUCUUCCUUCCCGUUUCUUCUGCUCUUCGGCCGUUCACCCACCAUCAACUUAGUAUGAACGCCCCCUCGUCUGCUAGCCACUCAGAGGUCGACCCGUCCUCCUCCCUCGUGGCGCCAAUGGAGGAUCCUGUUCAUCCAGAUGCCCAGGAGGAGGAGAAUGACGACGAAGAAGAAGAGGAAGUGUGUCCGGAUCUGGUGCCCAGCUUUUCCGCGAUCGCUGACAAGGAUGGGCUGGCCAAUUCGGCUCAGAAAGUUCCAGUUACGGUGAUCACGGGCUACUUGGGCUCGGGAAAAACCACCUUGCUCAAUUAUGUUCUCACCGAAGAGCACAACAAGAAGAUUGCCGUGAUUCUCAACGAAUUCGGCGAAGGUGCCAUUGAGGAGAAGUCCUUGGCCGUGGGCAACGAGGGUCAGUUGUACGAGGAGUGGCUGGAGCUUCGGAAUGGUUGUCUGUGUUGCUCGGUUAAAGAUAAUGGAGUCAAGGCCAUCGAAACGUUGAUGGAGCGGAAAGGGAAAUUCGACUACAUCUUACUCGAAACCACGGGAUUGGCUGAUCCGGGUCCUGUGGCCUCCAUUUUUUGGAUGGAUGAAGAACUCGGGAGUGAUUUGUAUUUGGACGGCGUGAUUACGGUCGUAGAUGCCAAAUAUGCCUUAGCCCAUCUAAGGGAAGAGCGACCCCAAGGGGCUCUCAACGAGGCCUUGAAACAAGUAGCCGUGGCCGAUGUGAUACUCUUAAACAAGACUGAUCUGGUGGACAACCUCCAAGAUGUGCGACAAGAAAUCCAAGCCAUCAACGCCUCAGCCCCCGUGGUCGAAACUGUUAAAAGUCGGAUCGAUAUCAAUCUCAUCUUGGACUUGCACGCCUAUGACGGACGAGCCCAGAUGUCCGUUCGGCCGACAAAGUUUGAUUAUGUAGAAAAUGGCACGCCUCAUUUGGAUGCCUCGGUGGGCACGGUUACUUUAAGGCAAAGGGGACCUAUGAUAUGGUCUAAACUUGAGGUGUUCUUUCAGACAUUAUUGUGGGAAGAGAAAGUGUACGAUGUUGAAGGGCGACUCGCUCAAAUUCUCCGAUUGAAGGCCUUGGUCCCCCAAGAGCCGCCUUUACCCGUAUUAAUCGUUCAGGGCGUUCACGACACCUACGACACGUAUGAAACUUCACAACAAUGUCAGGAUGGUACUAUAGUGCUAAUUGGUCGACAUCUUGAUCGAGAUAUUUUGGAAAGGCACCUUCAAGAGGCAAUGAAUUCUUAAUAUUCAACAACCAUGCCACUAAAAAUGAACAAUACAAACGACAUACCUUAAUCAAAUCAACCUACAUGAGUACCUGCAUCUCUGAGAAGGACUCAUUUUUCUUUCCAG